CAUUUGAUCUAAAAGUUUCUGUUUAUUAAUUUGGAAAGAUUUGAGAUUCGGAGAUGUUCCACAGAUUCGGUAGACACAUUCGACCUCUGGUCUGCAAACUAAACCAGAGGUCAUUGUGCUGGAAGAGGAAUUUACCGAUUCACACACCCUGGAAGACACGGAGUCCCUAUUUUGAUGUAUGGUGGGAUGCAAGGAAUAUUGAUCGACAUUUUGAAAAAAUGUGGAGGGACUUUGACAGGAUGGUAGGCCCAAGUUUUUUCGAUGCCUACUAUGUACGACCGCGAGAUGUAGAGGCCCGAACCGAGGUGUCCAAAUUGAAGUAUGACAGUGAAGGCUUCGAGCUGAGAUUGGACGUACAGCAGUUCACGCCAUCAGAGCUGAAUGUAAAGUUGGUGGGAAACACAUUAACUGUGAGCGGGAAACAUGAGCAAAAAGCAGAUGAACACGGACAUAUUUCCAGAGAAUUUCACCGAGAGUUAACUGUACCAGAGGAUGUGGAUUUGGAAUCAAUGACGUCAUCAAUAUCCGAAGAUGGAAUACUGACCAUUACGGCUGAUGUGAAGGGCGCAGAAAAACCAGCGGAGAAAGUGAUAGACAUUCACAAGGAACAAAAGGACUAGGAACACUAAGUCUGAUUGAUACCCAUUCUGCUUUUGAAAAGACAUUCUCAAAUAUCAAGUGUUAAAUCUGUAAUGAUACUAGUUAUUCUUUAAUACAGUUGUCAUGUUCAGGUUAAGAUAUAACUUUAUGUUCAGAAAAAAAAAGUUAUAUUGCUGUCAUGUUAAAGAUGCUAAGGAUUAUCACAUUUGUGCUACUAAAACAUUUUGGUUUUCGUAGUUUUAACCUUCAGAAAAUACUGAAUGAUAGUGAACUACUACUUAUAUUACACAAAUGUUUAAUAUGUAUUUGGAACACUGCCGGAGAUUGUGAAACAAACAAUAUAUUGUU